AUGCGCGGAACCACGUGUUCAUCCCCGCACGAGGCGGUGACCCCCAGGCCGGUCAUGAGCGCCUGGAUCCUGGCGGCAGCCCUGCUCGCCGCUGCCCGGGGAGCCCCGCAGGCCGUGGACCCUCAGGAUUUCCUGGAGAAGUACGGCUACCUCCAUCACGACCACCACCUCCACAAUGCGGUGGAGGUCCGGUCAGCCGUCCGGCAGUUCCAGUGGCUGUCCCGGCUGCCCGUCACGGGGCGGCUGGACAGCGCCACCCUGCGGCGCAUGGCGGAGCCCCGCUGCGGCGUGUCGGACGGGGGCAGCCGGCAGCUGUGGGCCCAGAGGGUGACCGUGGUGCUGACCGGUGGACGCAGGCUCAACCGGACCCGCCGCUCCCCCGCAGAAGGGGAGAAGUGGUACAAGCACCACCUGACCUAUCACAUCGUCAACUGCCCUCGCCACCUGUCCCCGGGCUCCGUGCGUCUGGCCGUGCGCUCUGCCUUCCAGCUGUGGAGCAACGUGUCCGGCCUGGUCUUCCGCGAGGCCUCCAAAGGGCCCGCAGACAUCCGGCUAGCUUUCUACGAGGGGGACCACAACGACGGGUCCAGCAACGCUUUUGACGGACCAGGGGGAACCCUGGCCCACGCCUUCCUGCCCCGGCGGGGGGAGGCCCACUUCGACAUGGCGGAGAGGUGGACCCUCAACGGGCACAAGGGCCACAACCUGUUCAUGGUGACGGCCCACGAGAUCGGGCACACCCUGGGCCUGGAGCACUCGCCCGUGCCGCACGCGCUCAUGUCGCCGUACUACAGGAAGCUGGGCCGCAGCCUGGUGCUGAGCUGGGACGAUGUCAUGGCCGUGCAGCAGCUCUACGGUAAACCGUUGGGGGAUCGUCCUGUGAGGUUGCCAGGUCAGGUGCUGUCCGCUGCGCUGCAGGAGUGGGAGGUCAGAGAACUCCAGAAGCAGCGGGAACAUUCAGGACUGCCCCUCUACUGCCAGCGAGGCUUCGAUGCCAUCACAAUGGACCAGAACGGGACGGUGCUGGUGUUCCGGGGCAGCGUCCACUGGGCGGUGUCAGCUGAGGGAAGGGUCAGCGGCCCGCUGCCCCUCCGCCAGCACUGGCCUGACCUCCCACAGGCCAUCGAGGCUGCCGCUUUCUCCCCGCUGGACUCCAAGUGGUAUUUUUUCAAAGGGAGGAGGAUCUGGCGCUACGCCGGCAGAAAGCUGGACCCCGGCUUCCCUAAAAAGAGCACCGAGCUGGGCCUGCCCCGCCACCCCGACUGCGCCUUCUAUUACGCCCCUCUGGGUCACAUGGUGCUCUUCAAGGGCCAGCGCUACUUUGUGCUCAACCUGGAAACUCUGCGACAGGAGCCCUACUACCCGCGCAGGCUGACCGACUGGACCGGCGUGCCGCAGGGGACCAACGGGGCGCUGACCCGUCCCGACGGCCGGCUUUACCUCUUCAGAGACGAGCAGUUCUGGAGGUUCGACCCGGUGAAAGUGCGGGUCACCAGAGAGGGCCGGUGGGCCAAGCACCUGAGCUGGACUGGCUGCAGCAACACGCCUCAGAGCAACAACAUCCUCUGA